GUACUUUUAAGAUGUAAAUAUUCACUGAAAAUUUCGAAAAACAUUAAAAGACAUUCAUUUAUUACUUUUCUUUACUUUGACACGUCCAUUACGUAAUCCUAUAAAAUUGCGAAUUAUUAGGGUAGAUCUAUAAGGACAGAUGUGCAAAUCCUUAAAAACAUAUGAAGCCCGCCAAAUUACGCUACGAGUGUUUGUAAACUUAGAGGAACCGUCUACGGAGUAGAAUUAAAGUGACUAUAAAUUGCAUAAAAAAUUGGUCUCAAAUAAUUGAUAAAAUGUUUGAGUGUGAAACAACAACCCUGGAUCAAUCACAGGACUUAGCAGAUUUUAUAAUAUAUUAUGGUUCUCAUGAAAGUCCAUUUGGAAAAUGUGUUAUCGCAUUCAUAGAAGAUGAAAAUGAAAAAAAAAUAUGUCAUUUAACCUUUGAUAAAAAAGAACCUGGAGGUAUAAAAUUUUUAAAACUAAGAUUUCAUGGUGCCAAAAUUGUUGAAGAUGUAGAUAGUACAAAAGAGUUAAUUCAAAACAUAUUCCCAAAGAAACCAUCUAAAGAUACCUAUAAAGUUAAUUUAUUGCUAAAAGGAACAGACUUUCAAACAAAAGUAUGGGAGUCAUUAGCAAAAAUACCUUUUGGAAAAUCAAAAACUUAUGAACAAAUAGCAAAGUCAGUUAAUAAUCCAAAAGCAAUAAGAGCCGUUGGAGGAGCUUUAAAAGCAAAUCCAAUCCAUUUUUUGAUUCCCUGUCAUCGAGCAGUUUCUAAAAAUGGAUGCACAAAGAAUAAAGUUGGUGCAGAUUUGAAGAUUAGCAUGCAAGAAUAUGAAAAAAAUUUGUUAAAAAAUGUAGAUAAAACAACUGAUGAAGAAAAACAAUGAUCAUUCUGUACACUUGGACAUGUUGAACAUUUCUUAUUUU